AGAUGAUCGUGCUCGUUGUGUUGCUGAGUCUUGCCGCUGUGUUGCAACAACCUGCUUCAAAUGAUUGCACCUCAGCACUGCUGCUUUUGUAACGCUCUGCCUGGCUGGCAGCCAUCACCUAACAGUGGUUCCAUUGUUCAUGCUGCCCCAUACUGUUCCAGUGUAUCAAGAGGACGACACCCAGGACUGGCACAUGCAUUAGAACUUGGAGCAGAGGAGCGAAAGGAGAUUCUUGACAAGCACAAUGCCCUACGGAGAGGAGUGCAGCCAACUGCUAGCAACAUGCUGAAGAUGGUGUGGAGUCCUGCCGCUGCUGCAAAUGCCAAACGCUGGGCAAGUCGAUGUAUUCUAUCUCACAGCCCAUCACAAGAAAGAAUUGCUGAUGGAAUUGGAUGUGGUGAAAAUCUGUAUAUGUCAAGCGGCCCUACUCGAUGGUCUCAAGUCAUUCAAACUUGGUACGAUGAGGUGAAAAAUUUCAAAUUCAAUGUUGGACCAGUCUCUGCAGGAGCUGUAACUGGCCAUUACACUCAGGUGGUUUGGUACAGGUCUUACCUGGUUGGUUGUUAUGCUGCCCACUGCCCUGCAAGCAAAUUCAAGCACUUCUACGUUUGCCAAUAUUGCCCGGCAGGGAACGUACAAGGCUCACUUAAAACCCCAUAUAAGUCUGGACCACCUUGCAGGGACUGCCCUGCUGCUUGCGACAAUGGAUUAUGCACCAAUCCUUGCAAACAUGAAGAUAAGUACUCAAACUGUGCUGAAUUAGUGAAGUCACAACGAUGUGCGACGGAACAGAUGAAGCAAGAUUGCCCUGCUUCUUGCAAGUGCACCACCGAAAUAAAAUAGGAGGUCUCCUCUGGGGCAUUUAUGAGCUUCUUUGAACUUUGCAUCCUCAUUUAAAUCCAUCCUUCAGCGUCUUUGGAUGACCCCUUCCAAAUGAAAUGUGUAAACAUGUUUUUAAAAUUGAAAACUCAUAAAUUAUUUUGCAUGCAUGAGUGUUUUUUUGUCUAAUGGGGUGGGAGAGUGGAAGCUGAGGAUACGGAGAAAAUCUACAAGUAUAAAGUGUCACAGAAAAACAUACACACGCACAUGGUGAGUAGCUGUGGGAGAAACAAAGGGAAUAUGCUGAGAAAUGUUUGCUGAGAACCUUCAGUUGGGAUUGUUAGGAAGAAGCUGUGCUGAAGAGGGUAACCGCUAACACCUGGUUCCCAUUCCCAGUAAUUAUCAACUAGCUGGGUUGAGAGAGAAAUAAAUGGAGCCAGCCAUGAGCAGCGCAUUGCUGUCUGGCAGGUCAAUUUCAGUGGGGGUAACUCCAGCAGGGUGACCCCAAAGGGGUUUGUGCCUUGGGGGAUCCACUUCAGGAAGAUACGGGGGGAGGGUUAAGAACCCCUGGUAUGCCUUUGUGUUAGACAACCUUCACAAGAGAAAGAGUAGACCAGAGUGAGAAUGAGAGGAACCACAAUGAGAUGCCCAUGACAGUAGAUGAGGAAAAAAUGUUCCCAGCUUCACAGAGUCUUUUGGGUGCCAUUGCUCUUAGGAGACUCUGUCAACCCUCAGGCUUCAUAGGCAAUCCAUUCUCGGAACCGCUCCUUGAGCCACCAAGCCCAAUUCCACCAACAGAGCGGGAACUUUAAGGUGCCCUCUGUGUUCUACAUAGAGAACAUUCUCAUACCAGUGCUGUAAAGUCCAUAGGACUGUCUGCCAUUGCAAGGGUUAGCAUAACACUUAACACAGUUGCUUUUUUUGUGCAUAUAAAAUCUCCAUUACCUUGUUAUAUGUUCUUUCUUGCACUGAAAAUCCUUACUCUCAUUAAUGUUGAUCACUUGCAUGUUGUUGCACAUGGUGUUUGCAUUCCAAAUAAACAUUUU